AUGUUCUCAUCGUUGUUGCCACUGUUCUUCAUUCUUGGAGUCCAUGCAGAAGACACUGUUGACGUUUUCAAUGCUGAAAGAACGCUGGACGACUGGAACAAUCUCCUUCUGAACAAAGAUUUUGUCUUUGUCAAUUUUUAUGCCGAUUGGUGUCGCUUCAGCAAGCUGCUGGCUCCACAAUGGCAGCGCGCAGCAAGUAUAAUAGCCGAUGACUCAGCCCUGUCGCCUAAAGUACAAUUCGCUCGAGUAGACUGCGAUUCGAGUCCAAUGGAUGAAUUGUGCAAAUACUACAACGUGCACAAGUUCCUCUAUUCAAGCGCUGGAAACCGUCUGGUGAGGUUCCUGAUUGCCAGGCAAGAAGUGGACAAGAACAUGGUUGGUCAGCUCAGUAAGAUGAAAUUGGAGAAGCUCGACACUUAUUACAACUUUAAGCAGCAUUACCCUUCCACGGAACUCGGAACCCAGAGAACAUGUCGACAUCAACAAUGCUCAUGA